AUGGAGUCCGUGGUGCCUUGUGCAUGGCGCGCUCGUGCUCGCUUCCCCAAGGUUGAGCCGCUUGUAUUCUCGCUUCGUUCGCUUCGGCGUCUCAAAGAGGCUCCAGGAGGAGCGGCACUUCCCCGGUUCCGCCGGUUCCGGGUUGCAUGGGCAGGCAGAGGCAGGGACAGGGACGGCUUCCCUCAAGGUGUGACCCAAGGUGUAACCCGCACAGUGACCGGAGCAAUCUCGAGUGAUGCUGCGAGCCGCUGGCAAGUUUGGCCCUUUUGGCCCGGUCUGCGGCAGAGCCACCUGCAGCUCCUCUUGCGCAUCUUGAAAAGCGCCUCAUCCAAAGGUGAGGCCCAGACCGAGGCCGAGUUAAGAAAUCGGCGCUGUCUCUGGGCGGCGAGUUUGGAGCGGUGCGGACCACGGUUGAAGCCGGGACAAGUGCUGGAAGCACUCGAGGCGGUCGCGGUCGGAAGUCUCCGCGAGUCUCUUCCCGGCUUCAUGCCGUUGCUACGCACCCACGUGGAGAUUGCCCGGCAGCCUCUCCGGCUCGUCCGAAUCCUCGGUCUCCUCCGUGAGAACGAAGGUGAGUCUGGGCGAGCCGCCACCAGCGUCCUGCAGCUUGUACAGCACUGUGCCCGCCAUCUCUCCGAGAAGCCUCAGGACUUCGGCACGGAGGCGCUCAGCGUCUUCUGCGCCUUGGCCAAGGCCGCGGGGCGCGCCGCCUUUCGGAAGCUCAGCGAGGAGGACUUGGCGAAGCUGAGCCGGGACGUGGCGCAGCAGGCAGGCUUGGGAGGACUGGGAGGACCGGGAGAAAGCGUUCGAAGCAAAGCGGCCGACGCGGCAGAGCUCUUCUGCACAUUGGCUCGCCUGGGCUCCCGGGAGGGUUCGGCAGAGCUUCUGUCUUGGUUGUGUGGCUUUUUGAACGGGCGCAUGGCCGGCGUCCCUGCAGAGAUGUUGGCACCUCUUGCACGGGCUUUGGGCAAAGGAGAUCCACACGAGGAGUAUGUCCUGCUGCAUGCCAUUUGCCAGCAAGUGCUGUGUGUGGGACUUCCAAGUGCAAGCGCCGCAGCAUCAAUGCUCCUCGCAUGCAGCAAAUGGGAGUUUUACGAUGAUGCCGUAUUUAUGCUUGCUGCAGAAUCUCUGAAUAAAGGAGUCCACCAAAUCCCUCCGAGCCAUCUCUGUGACUUGGUCUAUGCGGUCAGCAAUUUGCAGAUUCGAGAUGCUUUGCCACUGGACUCGCUGGAUGCGCUUUGUGAUGAUCUGGUGAGAAGAGUGGAGGCACUGUCUGAAGCUGACCUCGUGCGUCUUUUGAGAGGGCUAUUAAAGUUGCGACACCAGCAUGAGCCUUUGCUGGCCGCACUUAGGCCUGUAGUGAUGGAACAGCAAGCAAGGAUCCAAUCGAUCAGCCUUUGCAACUUGAUUAACGUCUUCUCUUAUUUUGGAGGCCUGGAUAGUGAAAGUCAGAAGUCCUUGCUUGACACAGCUGUCGGCCGAGCGCGCCGGUUGCAACCUGUCUCAGUGCAACACCUCCUCACAGCUCUGUGUCGCUUGCGGACUUCGGGCUCUUCGGACUCUUCGGACUCGGAAUUGCUUUUUUCACUGGAGAAGCUCUGCCAGCACAUUGCGGCCUGUGGUGUUGUCGCCAGCAGCGGGCCAGGGGGCGGGCCAGGGCCCUUUGGCACUUUUAGCCCGGUGCAAGCCGUGAGCUCCCUGGCGGCGCUUGCAAAGCUCCAGCAGCGCGACCUAGCGGCUUUGUCCGUGCUUCUUGGGGCACUCACAGGUACCAUCUGCUGGACUUGGGCUCCGUCUCCACACUUUCUUCGCACGAUGGCGACACCUUGUGAAGCAUUCGGCAGCGGCAGUGGCCGCCGCACACUGGAGGGGCUGGGAAGCUCCCACUGCGUCGAGAUCCUGCAGAGCCUGGCUGCGUUGGAUCUGAGCAGCCGCACAACGGUCCAGCUGACUGCGCUGCUGUGCGGCUUGCUUUGCCCUCAACUGCACGAGCUUCGGGCCAAAGAGCUGCUCGUGGUGGCCCGUGCCUUCAGCGUGGAGAGGCUGCCGGACUCCGUCUGGGCCUCGGAGGCCUCGGAAGCCUCGGAGUGGCGCGAGCGCGCCCUGGAGCUCUGCCUUGAGAGCUUGCGGCGCCACGAAAGCUUCCUCGACAGUUCUUGGGUCAGCUUGCUGCCUUUCAAGUUGCUGUGCUUGCAAGUCAACUCGGGGACCUUCGGAACGCGGGAGUUUCGCGACUUUUUGAAUCCCAUGCUCUUCAGUUUUGUGGAGCGGCUGAGGUGCCUGACCAAGGAGCAGUGCGAUCAGAAUCGCUUGCAGCGCGAGGGAGAGGAAACUUUGGAGGAAGAGGACCCCUUAACCAUGGAGGGACCCGAGAUGAUUCGUGGAUCGAACUUUCGCAUCUUCGUGGGAAGCUGCGUGCAAAGCUUGCCAGUUGAUGUCGUGCUCUGUGCAGCUGACUCGCCAGGAUAA